CUUGACUUCCUUUUGCAGCCGUCUCCACGUAACACCCUGGUGAGCCCUCCUCAGCUUUUUCCUCAAAUAAAUGUUAUAAAUAGUGCUGUGUUCUGUUCACCGCCGUGCCGUCCUCCUCUCAAAGCCCCAAGUGAAUAUUUUUUGCACUGCCCCCCUUUUCUCUCAGUCACACACUCACUCUCUCUCACACCAGCUCACCUCUUGCCUUCCCUCUCUGAAUCCUCUCUCGCCCUGAGACUUUCUGGAGGACUUUUUCUAGCUUGGAGUCCCUGUCAAGCAGUGAGAAGAAGCUCUCAGGAAGAGACCGAAGACAGAUAAGGUGGACAGACAGAAGUCUAGAGUAGCAGCGUCAGCAUGCGGUGUGUGAGCUUCCUCUCGGUGUGGACCUACCUGCUGGUCCUUGGCCCGGGGGUAUGGGGCGCUCCCAGCCAGUGCCCGGCCCUGUGUCACUGCCACGGGGACCUGCAGCACGUCAUCUGUGACAACGUGGGGCUAAAGAACAUUCCACAGGUGUCCGAGGCCACCCGUCUGCUCAACUUGCAGAGGAACAACCUGGGCAGCCUUCCCACCGGCUCCUUCGCCAGCAGCAAGGGUCUCAUCUCGUUGCACAUGCAGCACUGCCAGCUCCGCGAGAUCGGCGGCCAGGCCUUCAAGGGGCUCAAGAAGCUCAUCUACCUCUACCUGUCCAACAACGAGAUCACCAGCAUCAAGCCGGGUGCCUUCGAGGACCUCACCGAGCUCACCUACCUCUACCUGGACGGCAACCGCAUCAGCGACCUACCCAAGGGCAUCUUCUCGCCCAUGAUCAACCUGUUCAUCCUGCAGCUCAAUGAUAACAAGCUGCGUGACAUCAAGCCAGGCACCUUCGCCGGAGCCAAGGACCUGCGCUGGCUGCACAUGAGUGGCAAUGAGAUGAGCUCGCUGCAGCCGGGCUCUCUGGACGACGUGGAGAACCUGGCCAUCCUGCACCUGGACAGGAACAGGCUGUCCACCUACCCCGGUCUGGCCAUGAGCAAGCUGAGAGUGGUGGAGGAACUGAGCCUGGCCAAGAACCCCCUGAGAAGCAUCCCUGACAAUGCCUUCCAGAGCUUCGGACGCUACAUGGAGAAGCUGCACCUGGACGGCAUGGGGCUGGAGAAGUUUUCUGACGGUGCGUUCAACGGCAUGAAGGCCAUCAAGUCUCUGCACUUGGACAACAACAAGCUCAAGUCCCUGCCCAAGAGCCUGGAGUUCACCACCAUCACCAACCUCACGCUCGCCAACAACCCCUGGAGCUGCACCUGCACGCUAGCCCCUCUGCGCAAGUGGAUGGAUUCUAGCCGCCAGCGUCCUGAUGCGCUCUGUGCCUCUCCGUCCUCACAGAGAGGAAAGCAGAUUAGGGACAGCUCCGCCUUCAGCGACUGCACAGUUAAGACAAAGAGAGCCAAGAAGGGCACACGCCAUUAAAACACAGGAGAUGCUGCCUGAGGGGAAAGGCCUGUCCAGGUGACAGGCUCAGUACGUGUGCAGAGAAAGAAAGCGACGCUAACUGCUACUUAAAGACCGUCCAUCUCACUAUCUGCCAAAUAUCAAUGUCACAUGUACACACAUGGAGUGAUACAUGACACAAAUACAUCCCCCUUUCUUUUCAAAGGCUGAAGAAUUUGUCAUGCAUCCCACAACCAACAUUCAUACAAGCAGCCAUGUUGACUCUCCUCCUCUCGCUCUCCCUAACGCCAGCUUUACACCCUCACCUCUCAGGACCCCAUCACCUGCUGCCACAGCAACGGCCUGCAUCAUCCCCCAAGCCCCCCCCCUAACAACCUUCCAAAUGGAAUGUUCCAGGCCAGGUCUCCCUUUAUUUAAUGUGGUUCACUCAGUUGGUCAUGUCUUGCUUCCCCCGUGAGAAAUUCUGUCAGACUGAGAAAACAUCCUGAAAGGACUGUGACCGUAAAACGGACCUUGACGUAUUGUGACUUGACCCGACUCCUCUCAAAACUCUGACCAAAAGUAAAUGACACAACACAGCGCAGGCGGCUAAGGACUUUAUGAGAUAAUGGAGCAACGGCAAGUUGAAAGGGAACAUAGUCAGAGAUGACAAAGAGAUGAGUCCAGUUCUCCAGCGGUAUCUUUCGUUUAAAGACUGUCCUUUGUAUGUAUUCAAUCUCCCCAGAGAUACAAAACAAAAUCAUCCUUACAUGAAUGGAGUUUGGAAGUGUUUGAAGUGCCUUUAGGUCUGUUAUCACAGGACAUUUUGUACAGUUCAAAAUGGAUUUGAGAAUAGGUAGCAGAGGUGUCAUGUCUGAGUCUUUGACUAAAUAAUUAAUAUAGUAAAUAUUUUGCCUUUUCCACCCUCCCCCACUGCUGUGGCAAUGCUUACACUGUGUGACAUUUCAUUUAAAGUAAUUGAUUUACAUUGAAAACAAGAUACUUUUUACUGCUAAAUCAAUGGGUUAUCUAUAGGCAUUGAAGACUUCCCAAACUCUGGGAGCAUGUAUGUACCCCCUUUCCCUUUUUAUAACUCUUAACAUUUGUCUCUUUAGCAUCUUUUUUUAUGUAUAUUGAACAUCAUAUUUUGGGGGGACAUUUAAGAAAUAAAUAUGUAACCUUGUC